UAUUCUAAGUGAGUAUAUAUACACACAAGAACUUCAUGCACAAACAUGCCUUGUUUUUGGUCCUCAUAGAGAGAGAGAGAGAGAGAGAGUGAGUUAUUAGAGUAACAACAAGUGCAUUCACCAUGGUGUCUUCAACGUUUCCAGCUGUGAACAAAUGCACCUCAAUAGGGAGGGAAAAGCACACAGUGGUUGCUGACAUGGAUGGAACCUUGCUCAUAGGUCGUAGCUCCUUUCCCUACUUUGCUCUUGUGGCCUUCGAAGCCGGUGGCAUUUUAAGACUCUUCUUCUAUCUCUUGUGUGCCCCUAUUGCCGGCAUUCUCUACUACUUUGUCUCUGAGGCUGCUGGCAUACAAGUUCUCAUCUUCGCAUCAAUGGCCGGCAUGAAAGUGUCCUCCAUUGAGUCAGUGGCGAGAGCUGUUCUUCCAAAAUUCUAUUCUGGAGAUCUUCAUCCGGAGAGCUGGCGUGUGUUCUCCUCGUGCGGGAAGCGUUGCGUGCUCACUGCGAACCCGAGGAUCAUGGUGGAGCCUUUCUUGAAAGAGUUUUUGGGUGCUGACAUGGUAUUGGGGACUGAGAUUGGGACUUAUAAGGGGAGAGCUACUGGGAUGAUUUGCAAGCCUGGGAUACUUGUUGGUGGGAAAAAAGCAGAUGCUCUCAAGAAAGCUUUUGGAGAGGAGCAGCCAGAUAUUGGACUUGGAGAUAGGCUCACUGAUGCUCCCUUCAUGGCUUUGUGCAAGGAGGGUUACAUAGUACCACCCAAUCCAAAGGUGAAAGCAGUCACAACUGACAAACUACCAAAGCCCAUAAUCUUCCAUGAUGGAAGGCUGGUGCACAAACCCACACCCCUCCUUGCUCUUCUCAUCAUUCUUUGGAUCCCCAUAGGCUUCCCCUUAGCAUGCCUCAGAAUAGCAGCAGGCUCACUCCUCCCCAUGAAGCUAGUCUAUCACGCCUUUUGGGCACUUGGUGUCCGCGUCAUCGUCAAAGGCACACCACCACCACCGGUCGGAAAAUCCAACCCUCAUAAAUCUGGUGUCCUCUUCAUCUGCUCCCACAGGACCCUCCUCGACCCAAUCUUCCUCUCCACUGCGCUCGGCCGCCCAAUCCCGGCUGUCACCUACUCCGUCUCCCGCCUCUCCGAGAUCAUCUCCCCUAUCAAGACCGUCCGACUCAGCCGUGACCGCGCCACAGACGCCUCCAUGAUCAAGAAGCUCCUGCAGGAGGGUGACCUGGCCAUAUGCCCGGAAGGAACCACCUGUCGGGAGCCCUUCCUCCUCAGAUUCUCCGCACUUUUUGCCGAGCUCACUGAUGAGCUCGUGCCCGUAGCCAUGGUGAACCGGAUGAGCAUGUUCCAUGGAACCACUGCAAGAGGGUGGAAAGGGAUGGACCCGUUUUACUUCUUCAUGAACCCUAGCCCUGUCUAUGAGGUCACUUUCUUGAACAAGUUGCCCAAAGAGUUAACUUGUACCGCAAGCAAGUCGAGCCAUGAUGUGGCGAAUUACAUACAAAGGGUGAUUGCAGCCACCUUAUCCUAUGAGUGCACUAGCUUUACUAGAAGGGAUAAGUACCGAGCACUUGCUGGUAAUGAUGGCACUGUGGCGGAGAAGCCUAAGGCCGCAAACAAAGUCAUGGGUUGCUAACUUUUUGUACUCUCUUUCAGUUUUAAUUUGCUCGUUGAAAAUUUUUAGUAUCAUGUUUCGAAAGGUAUGUAUAAUUAGUAGGUGAUCAAGCUCAUUUUAUAUAUAUGCACAUGUUGGUGAAAUAAAUGGAAGAAUUGGAAGUAAUUUCACA